UUGGGGAAGGGUGGCAACUUAGAAUGGACAGAGACCGCCUCAUUGGGAAUGUCUCCUUUGAGCAAAGAAGUGAGGAAAGCCAGGGAACAAACCGGUCAUGUAUUUGAGAGAAAGGCAGUUCAUGUUGAGGGAACAGCACUAAGAUCAAGUCCCAAGGCAACGCUCCCUAAAACGUCUCUUCCUCAGUUACGUUUUCUCAUGGCCUGUAAGCGAGGCCACAGGUCACUGCAAACAAGUGCUUGCCGCUAAAACCUCCAUUAUGCUUUCUGGCAUCAAUCUAAAGUGAGCCUACUCUCCACUCCCACCCCCUUUUCUACUUGUCAGACUGCAACCCAUUUUCUUCACCAGAGGUGGACAGCAGAGAAGACUCAGGGGAGGGAAGCAGUUAGAACCAACGGAGGCGACUAGGGGCUGGGGUAUCCAGCGAUGCCCUUACUUAAGAUGGCGGCACAGAGCUUUGAGCCUGGUCUAAACUGGACGGCGCGCGCGCGCGCGCACGCGCGCGAGCGCUACGCCCGCAGUCUCCGGGCUCGCGCUCGGGCGGGUCUACUGUGGGAGGGCACGCGCGCCCCGCCGUGAGGCCUGGAGUCAUCCGCACCGCUAUCCACCGCCAUAUCCACCACCGCUGCCGCACCAUGGAAGGGAGGAUGGAGCCGGUGACCGUCGCUACCGACGGCGGGGACAGGCCAGGGGCCCGGGCGGGUACAGGCCUGUCGGCUUCCCAGCGUAGGGCUGAGCUGCGGCGGAGAAAGCUCCUCAUGAACUCGGAACAGCGCAUCAACCGGAUCAUGGGCUUUCACAGGCCCGGGGGCGGCGCAGAAGAAGAAAGUCAAACAAAAUCAAAGCAGCAGGACAGUGAUAAACUGAACUCCCUUGUCAUUCCUUCAGUUUCAAAGCGAGUAGUGCUGGGUGAUUCAGUCAGUACAGGAACAACUGACCAGCAGGGUGGUAUGGCCGAGGUAAAAGGGACCCAGCUGGGAGAAAACCUGGACUCUUUCAUUAUACCACCUGACUGCAGUAAUGAUGGCAACCUUGAGCUCCGGCAGCGGAACAGAGGGGACCUGACCACAGACAUUGUCCAGAGGGGUUCUCGCCAUGGUCUAGAACAAUAUCUCUCCAGAUUUGAAGAAGCAAUGAAGCUAAGGAAACAGCUAAUUAGUGAGAAACCCAAUCUGGAAGAUGGAAGUACAACAGAAGAAUUUGACUCUUUUCGAAUAUUUAGAUUGGUGGGAUGUGCUCUCCUUGCCCUUGGAGUCAGGGCUUUUGUUUGCAAAUACUUGUCCAUAUUUGCUCCAUUUCUUACCUUACAGCUUGCAUACAUGGGAUUAUACAAGUAUUUUCCCAAGGGUGAAAAGAAGGUAAAGACAACAGUACUAACUGCUGCACUUCUGUUAUCUGGAAUUCCUGCAGAAGUGAUAAAUCGAUCGAUGGAUACAUACAGCAAAAUGGGCGAAGUCUUCACAGAUCUCUGUGUCUACUUUUUCACUUUUAUCUUUUGUCAUGAACUGCUUGAUUAUUGGGGCACUGAAGUACCAUGAAGCCUGCAGAACUCAGAAGGCGAAGCUUACAAAAUAAAAAUUUCUCUGUUAUAUUGUAGUAUCUCUAAAGGAGGCAAAAUGAAUUACACCUUUAUAUAAUUCGUUUACUUUAUAGGGGUUGUAAAACCACUUGAUUAGGAAUGGAAUGGCAGGUUCCCUGAUUUAAAAGGGAUGAGUAUGUAUUAGUACUAUUGUGAAACAUAGAGUACCAAUAUCAUUAAUUGAUUUUUUUUCCUGUUUAUAGAAUUUCUAGUCUAUGCUUUUCCCCUACCAUCUAAGAUUUGUAAUGCUUCUUUUGGGGGCUGAGGUAGUACUAAAGCCUAAACCUGUGCUUUUGGAAGAGCAGAUGAAUGUGGUCUUCACCAGCCCUAAGGAUUGCUUCUUGUAUUUCUGUCCUUUAUAUACUGAGAAAUGGAGCCAUUUAAAAAAUAAAAUUGAACUGAGUUGUCUCAUAUUAA